AUGUGCUCAUCCCCCAACACGGAUAGAGAUAUCAGUGAUAUAUCAUCUGCAUACUUGUCAUAUUUUGCUGAAAAAUCUCGAGCUGAAAUUCCUUUUGAGUCAUUUGUUGAUGGUGACGGUGUGUAUGUAUUUCAUAACUUUGGGAGUAAUAAUUUUACAGGAACCUUGCAGUCGAUGCCUAUUGCACCUGAUUGGUUGGAGGGCAAUACUAUCUAUGCAUUUUUUGCCAGUAAUAACAAGCUUUCUGGGCCAUUUCCUGGGAAUUUGUUUGAGAAAUGUGGAGAAUUGACUGGUAUGAUUGUGAAUAUCAGCAAUAAUGGAUUUUUUGGUCAAAUUCCUGCUGAUAUUGGUACUACAUGCAGAUCCUUGAAACUUUUGGAUGCCUCUGAAAAUCAGAUAACUGGGACAAUUCCUUCCAGUUUUGGGAAUUUGGCUUCAGUUGUUGCUCUUGACUUGAGCUGGAACCUUUUUCAAGGUCCAAUUCCUAGCAGUUUUGGCCAAUUAAAGGAUCUCAAGUUUCUUUCAUUGGCUGGAAAUAAUUUGACUGGCACCAUUCCCACAAGUUUGGGGCAGUUGCAGUACUUGGAAGUGUUUGAACUGUCGUCAAAUUCUCUCAGUGGUGAGAUUCCUAAAGAUCUUGCAAAUUUGAGGAAUUUAACCACUCUUCUCCUCAACAACAACAAUCUAACGGGACAGAUUCCAUCUGAGUUGGCCAACGUUGCUACUCUUUCGGUAUUCAAUGUGUCAUUCAAUAAUCUGUCUGGACCGCUACCCCAGAAUGGUAACUUGAUGAAAUGUAACAGUGUCCUAGGAAACCCGUAUCUUGGAUCUUGCCAUAUGUAUUCUUUAACAACCCCAUCUGCAGAUCAGCAGGGAAGAUUUGGGGAUCCACAGAAUUAUGCCGCUACUCCAUCUCCUACUCCACCCCAGAAAGGUGGGAACAGUGGUUUCAACUCAAUUGAGAUAGCAUCCAUAACUUCUGCUGCAGCCAUUGUGUCAGUUCUCAUUGCUCUUGUUGUCCUCUUCUUUUACACAAGAAAGUAUAAUCCAAGGUCUAGAGGGGGGUCGACCAGGAAGGAAGUUACAGUCUUUACUGACAUUGGUGUUCCGCUGACAUUUGAGAAUGUGGUCCGCGCAACAGCAAACUUCAAUGCUAGUAAUUGCAUUGGUAAUGGAGGAUUUGGAGCAACCUACAAGGCUGAGAUUGCACCGGGGGUCCUAGUGGCAAUAAAAAGGCUAGCAGUAGGACGCUUUCAAGGGGUUCAACAAUUUGAUGCAGAAAUCAAAACUCUAGGCAGACUCCGUCAUCCGAAUCUUGUGACUUUGAUAGGAUACCAUGCCAGUGAAACAGAGAUGUUUCUUAUAUAUAACUAUUUGCCUGGGGGAAAUUUGGAAAAGUUCAUUCAGGAAAGAUCUACAAGGGCUGUGGAUUGGAGAGUACUGCACAAGAUUGCCCUGGACAUAGCCCGUGCACUUGCCUACCUGCAUGAUCAGUGUGUCCCACGUGUUCUUCAUCGCGACGUGAAGCCUAGCAAUAUCUUGUUGGAUGAGGACUACAAUGCAUAUUUGUCUGAUUUUGGAUUGGCUCGUCUGUUGGGAACUUCAGAGACCCAUGCCACGACAUGGUGUGGCUGGAACUUUUGGAUAUGUUGCCCAGAAUAUGCAAUGACUUGCCGUGUCUCUGACAAGGCUGAUGUCUACAGUUAUGGCGUCGUGUUGCUUGAGUUAAUUUCAGAUAAGAAAGCUCUCGAUCCCUCAUUUUCUCCAUACGGAAAUGGUUUCAACAUAGUAGCUUGGGCAUGCAUGCUCUUGAGGCAAGGCCGAGCCAAGGAGUUCUUCACAGCUGGAUUGUGGGACGCAGCCCAUGAUGAUUUGGUUGAAGUUCUACACUUGGCAGUUGUGUGCACAGUGGAAUCCCUAUCAACCAGACCCACUAUGAAGCAAGUCGUGAGACGGCUGAAGCAACUCCAGCCGCCAUCUUGUUAGCUACAGUACAGAGGAGUCAGCUGAUUGACACAUUUGAUGCAUAGAGGGGGUCAGCCCGCGGACUUGCACUUUUGACUGCAGAAGUGCACUCGGGGUCUUCACGGGCUGCCACUAGAUUCGGAUUUUAAAGUUUAGGUGCUUGUAAAUUGUAGUAUAGCUUCUGCCCCCAUUUUUCCAUAUCAAUGUCCCUGAUUAGAGAGGGGGUUCACUGAUGGAUCUGCAGAAGAAUGCAGAUAUUCGUUUCUUAAGGUUGUAUACAUGUAUUCAAUUUCUGUUUGCUGCUGUGAAAUAAGAGUCACAAAGAGAAUCAUUCUGCAGAACACCUGCCACUUCAAAAUUGGCCGUGAUAUUUGAUUCUCGUGUACCGUGCCUGAAAUUUUAGAAGUUGCAAUCCCGAAAGAUGUGACUUUUGCCUUCUCCCUCCUCCA